GAAAACUUCUGACAUACAUGUCACAUGUGGUUCCUACUGUGACAUUUAAACGAAAUUCCACUUAAAAUGCAUCUCUUCUUUGCUUUGCUAGCAAGAUAUUGCAUAGCAUGUUUAGUAUAUCGUCAAGGAAGCAUUUUUAUUCAUCUAAAUUUGAUAUGAAUCCGCACUGGUGGAAUCGUCGUACUAGAUUAGAGAGAAUACUAUGUUUUGUUACGAUAACAACUCUUUUGAUACUGCUAAUGAUGGCAGCAACAUUCGCUGUCUUUGGUUACAGCUAUCAAACAGAUGCAGAGAAGUCUGCUUUUGUUCCUUCGGAAUCUAGAAGAUUUGCAAGACAAGUAAAUGCGGAAGAAGUUUGUAAUACCCCUGGAUGUAUAGAAACAGCUGAAAAAAUAAAGCAAAACUUAGAUGAAAGUGUUGAUCCCUGUGAUAACUUUUACAAAUUCGCAUGCGGGAACUGGAUUAAAACCCACCCUAUUCGAGAGGAUAGACCUGAAUCAAGUGUCUUCUACGACGUCGACGACGAACUAAGUGCCCAGUUAAAAGGUUUGGUAGAUAAACCAUUAGAUGGGACAGAACCAAAAAAUAUAAAAAUUGUAAAAGAUUUUUACGAUUCCUGUAUGAACCUAAAUGGUAUUGAAAAUUCUGGCAGCCAACCAUUACAAACUGUGUUAACAACUCUGGGUGGAUGGCCUGCUGCGGUAGGAGACUCGUGGGAUGGAUCUACCUUUGACUGGAUGGAAACUCUCUUUAAAAUGCGAAACCUUGGUUAUGACCAUAGCAUUCUCAUCACUACGUCAGUUUCCACGGACUUCAAAAACAGCACAGUGCAUACCAUAGAAAUGGAUCAAACAUCCCUCGGAAUGCCAAAUCGAGAAUAUUACAUGAAAGGUUUAAAUGACUCUGCCACUCAAGCUUAUUUCAAUUUGAUGGUCAAAGCUGCCAAAAAACUAGGAGCAAAUGAAAAAACUGUUGAGAACGAAUUAUUGCAAGCUUUGAACUUCGAAAUAACUUUAGCAAACAAUUCAUUACCGGAUGAAGAAAGAAGGGACUUUGAUAAAAUGUAUCACAAGUAUACCAUACCACAAUUAAGAGAACUUGUUUCACAGAUUGAUUGGAUUAAAUAUUUUAAUGGGCUUGUGGCUGAUCCGAUAACUGAAACUGAAACGGUGCUCGUAGAUGUACCGGACUUUCUUAAAAAAUUCGGGGAACUCAUCACAACGACAGAUAAAAGGGUUGUUGCGAACUACAUGAUGUGGAGAGUUGUUGGAGAAUCCUUGGGUUCGUUGUCGAAGGACUGGCGAGCACUGAAACAUGAAUACAGUUCCGCUUUGUCAGGGGAAAGUGCAGAGAAGCCACGAUGGGAAACGUGUUUGAGGUCUGUAAAUGGACAUCUUGGAAUAGCUGUGAGUUCAUACUACAUAAAGCAUUACUUUAAAGGAGACAGCAAACAGAAAGCUUUGGAAAUGGUAGGCUACCUUAGCAAAGAAUUUUUGAACAUACUCAAUGAUAUAGAUUGGAUGGAUAGCGAAACUAAAAAACUAGCUAAAGAAAAGGUGAACUCCAUUACUCCUUAUAUAGGUUAUCCUCAAGAGCUGUUAAACGAUUCAAUUGUUUCGGAUUAUUAUAAAGCAUUAACAGUUGCAAAUGAAAACUACUUCAGCAAUGUUUUGAAUAUUAAAAAGUGGAAAGUUGAUGAGGAAGUUUCAAAACUGCGAAAGCCAUUUAUAAAGAAAGAGUGGAAAGCGCAUGCAGACAUAGCGAUGGUCAACGCUUUUUUCAACUUCUUUGAAAACACAAUAGAUUUUCCAGCCGGAAUAUUGCAAAAUGCCUUUUUCAAUAAAGACAGACCAACUUAUAUGAAUUUUGGUGCUAUCGGCUACGUUAUUGGACAUGAAAUUACACAUGGAUUUGAUGACAUGGGUAAACAGUUUGACAAAGAAGGCAACAAUGUAAAUUGGUGGGAUCAAGCUACUAUUGACAAUUUUAAUGAAAAAGCAAAUUGCAUCAUUUACCAAUAUGGAAACUACACCACCGAAAAUGGCCUCUCAGUAAAUGGUAUCACCACACAAGGAGAAAAUAUUGCAGACAAUGGAGGAAUGAAAGAGGCAUAUCGAGCCUACCAUGCUUGGGUCAGAGAUAAUGGUCCAGAGAAGAAAUUACCAGGAUUAAAAUAUAGCCCUAGUCAACUUUUUUGGAUUAGUUCAGCUAGCGUUUGGUGUGCAAACUAUAGACCAGAGCAACUGAAACUAAUGAUUUUAUCUGACCCUCACAGUCCAGGUGAAUUCAGAGUGAAUGGGCCAAUGUCCAACUUAAAAGAGUUUUCCGCAGCAUUUGCAUGUGGCACUGAAACUAAGAUGAAUCCUGAUCAUAAAUGUCAAGUUUGGUAAAACAUUCGGUGACGCCAGAUUCGAAAACUAAUUUAUUUGAAGCGUAAGUGCCUUGGUUGAUACAGCAAUUAGCAAAAAUAUUUUAUACUUGCUUGUUCUUUGUUACAUAAUUAAUUAAAUAUCAAAAUAACAA